AGCUCCUGCAAGCUGAGCUACACCCUCCAUUCUUCACUUGCUUUCAUGGGAGCAGCAUGUGGAUUGAAGGCUCCUCUCCCUCCACUCCACUUUCAUCCACAAGGUCUCACUGGAGGAAGAGUCAGGUGUCAACAACUGUCCUUUUUCUUUUCAGCUCCUCCUGUUGAUUUGAUCCAAUGGACUGACAUGCAGGGGAGACUCAGAUGAAAGUUGCACCUGAGGAGUGUUUGUGCUCAUGGCUGAGGAACCUUCCUAAAGCUGCCUUCCUCAUUAUCCACCAAAGUCCUCCUGCUGCUCCAGGCACUAAUUCCAGAGGGUGGAAUCCAUGCUUUCCCAUGGCAAAGGCCAACUGUAACUGUUGCCUCCCACUGAAAACUAAACCAUCACCACUGGACACCACAACAGGAAGAAAACGACACCCACGGGGUGCAAUUCCCUCCCUGGCUGAUGCCGCUCUGAGCACCCAGAGCCACCCGAAGGCAGCAGUGGUGCGGUCGCUGUGACAGCGCAAGGGCAGAAGCUCUGGACGGUAGAGGAUGCUAGAGAAGAGGGCCCUGCAGCAUCCAGAGAGCUUUCCCCUGCUCCCCUGGGCACGUGCUGGGUGUCUCCAUGUGCUGGGAGGCUGUAAAAACAGGAUCCACUGGGAAUUCUUAGCACUUGGAGAUACAACAAUGGUGGCACACACCCUGUUCCAGUGGGUUCUAAAAGGGCUUAUCCUGACUUUCCUGCUCAAAACUACUCUGUCCCUAAAUCCAGACGAUCCAAACGUUUGUAGUCAUUGGGAAAGCUAUGCUGUGACAGUGCAGGAAUCUUAUGCUCACCCCUUUGAUCAGAUCUACUACACACGAUGCACAGACAUCCUCAACUGGUUCAAGUGCACCAGGCACAGGAUCAGUUAUAAAACAGCCUAUCGGAGGGGGCUGAGGACGAUGUACCGGCGGAGAUCCCAGUGCUGCCCGGGAUACUACGAGAGUGGAGACUACUGCAUCCCUCUGUGCACCGAGGAGUGUGUGCAUGGCAGGUGUGUCUCUCCUGACACGUGUCACUGUGAACCAGGAUGGGGAGGCACUGACUGCUCCAGUGAUCUGGCCACCUCUGAUGGGCUGGGGGAGCCCAGCACCGCUGCAGCAGAGACUGGUGCGAACAGCAGCUACAACAGCUGUGACAGCGAGCACUGGGGGCCCCACUGCAGCAACCGCUGCCAGUGCCAGAACGACGCGCUCUGCAACCCCAUCACGGGCGCCUGCGUGUGCGCCGACGGCUUCCGCGGCUGGCGCUGCGAGGAGCUCUGCGACCCCGGCACCUACGGCAAGGGCUGCCAGCUCCAGUGCCAGUGCCACCACGGGGCCACCUGCGACCACCAGACCGGAGAGUGCCACUGCGCGCCCGGAUACACCGGAGUCUUCUGUGAGGAGCUGUGUCCCCCCGGCAGCCACGGAGCCCAGUGCGAGCUGCGCUGCCCCUGCCAGAACGGCGGCAUCUGCCACCACAUCACCGGGGAGUGCUCGUGCCCUGCGGGAUGGACGGGGCUGGUGUGUGCACAGCCAUGUCCUCCUGGAACCUUUGGAAUCAACUGCAGCCAGGACUGUCCGUGCCACAACGGAGGACACUGUGACCCCGUGACAGGAAAAUGCAUCUGCACAGCUGGCUAUAUAGGAGACAGGUGUCAGGAGGAGUGUCCCAUCGGCACCUACGGCUUCCAGUGCUCCCAAACCUGCGACUGCCAGAACGGGGCCAAGUGUUACCACGUCAAUGGAGCCUGUAUCUGCGAGCCUGGCUUCAAAGGGAUUUACUGCCAAGAAAGGAUGUGUCCAGAAGGGUUUUAUGGCCUCAAAUGCAACAAGAGAUGCCCUUGCAAUGUUACCAACACUCUCAGCUGCCACCCCCUGUCUGGAGAGUGCAGCUGCAAGGCUGGCUGGGCUGGGCUCUACUGCAACGAGACGUGUCCGCCAGGCUCGUACGGCGAGGGCUGUGCCCUGCCCUGCCCCUGCCACAACGGGGCCGACUGUGACAGCGUCAGCGGGGCCUGCUCCUGCGCCCCCGGCUUCAUGGGAGAUGACUGCACCAUCACCUGCAUGGCAGGAACCUAUGGAACCAACUGCUCCUCGGUUUGUAACUGCAAGAACGACGGUGCCUGUUCCCCUGUGGAUGGUCUGUGCUACUGCAAAGAAGGGUGGCAAGGAGUGGAUUGCUCUAUUCCAUGUUCAAGUGGGAGUUGGGGUCUCAACUGUAACCAGACGUGCUCCUGCAGCAACGGAGCUGCCUGCAGGCCAGCAGAUGGCUUCUGCCUCUGCUCCCCGGGAUGGCAGGGGGAGUUCUGUGACCAGCCCUGCCCUGAUGGAACAUAUGGUCUCAAUUGCAGCGAGCGCUGUGACUGUAACCACGCCGAUGGGUGUGACCCUGUCACUGGGUACUGCUGCUGCCUGGCAGGCUGGACAGGCAUCCACUGUGACAACAUCUGCACCCAGGGCCGCUGGGGCCCCAACUGCUCCAUCUCCUGCAGCUGUGAGAACGGGGGAUCCUGCUCCCCAGAGGAUGGCACCUGCGACUGUGCCCCGGGAUACAGGGGACCCUUGUGCCAGAGAAUUUGCCCCCCUGGCUUUUACGGACACCACUGUGGCCAGCCCUGCCCCCAGUGUGUGCACAGCAAUGGUCCUUGUCACCACGUGUCGGGACACUGCGACUGCCUGCCGGGAUUCUUUGGCCCUCUCUGCAACCAAGUGUGUCCCAGCGGGAAGUACGGGAAGGACUGUGCCGAGGUGUGUCAGUGCACCGAGAACGGGACCUGCAACCCCAUCGACGGCUCCUGCCAGUGCUUCCCGGGCUGGAUAGGCAUGGACUGCUCUCAGACUUGUCCCAGUGGGUUUUGGGGCCCUGAUUGCUUUCACUCCUGCAACUGCCACAACGGAGCCCUGUGCAGCCCCUACGAUGGAGAAUGUCGAUGUACCCACGGCUGGACCGGGCUCUUCUGCACUCAGCGUUGCCCAGCUGCUUUUUAUGGCAAGAACUGUGCCAACGUGUGCCAGUGUCAGAACGGAGCCGACUGUGACCACAUCACUGGCCAGUGCACGUGCAGGACGGGAUUCACAGGCAAGCAGUGUGAGCAGAAGUGCUCACCGGGAACGUUUGGUUACGGUUGCAAACAGCUUUGUGAGUGCAUGAACAACGCUACGUGUGACCACGUCACAGGCACCUGCUACUGCAGCCCAGGCUUCAAAGGAAUCCGCUGUGAUCAAGCGGCUCUUAUGAUGGAAGAAUUAAACCCCUAUACUAAAAUUAGCCCUGCUCUUGGAUCAGAGAGGCACUCAGUGGGAGCAAUCAUUGGAAUUAUUAUUCUCCUUCUAAUUAUUAUGGUCUUGCUGGCACUGUUUGUGUGGUAUCGACGGAAACAGAAGGAGAAGGGCCAUGACAUGCCAAGUGUAUCUUACACUCCAGCCAUGAGGAUGACUAAUACAGAUUACUCACUUUCUGAUGUGUCUCAAGGUAGCGGCAGUGUACACUGCUUUUCCAAUCCCAGCUACCACACUCUCUCAUGUGGUGUGACCUCACGCUUCUUCCCCAGUAAUCUGGAUGGAAACAGCUCCAGUAAGCUCAGUAACAAAAUCCUUGACAGAGAAACUGCAGACUGGAGACCCUACAGCUAUCUGAAUGAACUAGGUGCUUGUGGGAUGGAUAGACGUCAGAACACAUACAUAAUGGAAAAAAGCUUCAAAGAUUAUAUGAAAGAGUCCGUGUGCAGCUCCAGCACUUGUUCCCUGAACAGCAGUGAAAACCCCUACGCCACCAUCAAAGACCCCCCCAUCUUAACCUGCAAACACUCCGAGAGCAGCUACGUGGAAAUGAAAUCGCCUGGGCACAGGGAGUCCCCCUAUUCCGAAAUGCCAACUUCAUCCACAGCCAAUAAAAACAUCUACGAAGUUGAGCCCACUGUCAGCAUAGUCCAAGACGGCCGCAGCCGGAGCGCCAGUUACCUGCAGAACCCGUACGACCUCCCCAGGAACAGCCACAUCCCUGGGCACUACGACCUCCUCCCCGUGCGGCACAGCCCCACACACGGGCCCUCGUGGGACAAGCAGCCCUGAAGGGAUGGACUCCACUGGGCCCUGUGCUGCCCACGCCAGCCGUGGGGAAGCAGAGGAGGAGCCGUUCCUUUUCCACACUGCAGGAUGCCGACGGAUGUGGACUGGCUCACGCACGGACCUGACACAGCAUCGGCUUGGGCCAACUGCAGCUGCAUGAUGUUAUUUAUAAAGACACUUUUCUAUGGGUAACUGGAACUAACAGAACCUCCUCCACGUGUGGCUGGAGUACAUCCCCCCCCCCAGGAAGGGGUCCACGUGCUCCAGGCAAAAACUCUCCGUGGCUUGUAUCCUAACCCUGGCUUUGCUGUAAAAUAAACCACAAACACAUGCUAAGUAGAAGGACUAAAAGAUGUACAUUUUUACCUACUGCAUCGAGAAACCUUUUGCCCUUAGGAACAAGGUGACUGGGAAUGCACUGGAAUUGAUUUUUCAUCCUUGUCAUGGGAAUGGACGUUUUUCUGAAGGAGAGCAGGGAAAUUGUCAGUUCGCUGUCAGGACGCCUCAUUUGCUGCCACCGCCACCUGCAACCUGUGCAGAUCAUGCUCGAUAGUUAGCAUUGGGAUUUUCAUCUUCACAUUCAGCACCAGAGGGUUUGAGUUGAGGAAUAUUCACACAGACACUUCCUGUGCCAUUUUUUAAAUCCUUCCCAAUGUCCCCUGAUCUUUGCUAACGACCCUGUCCACAGUGAGCCUCCCACCCACCUUUCCACACUUUCAAUUGGCACAGAUGGGCUUUAGUUUUCCUUUUCACAGCUUCUCUUUUGUUGGCUGAAUCCAGCAGAUCUGUCGGGCCUGUAAACUGCUGCACCCCCCUUUCCUGUCCCGGGACUCUGCAGGUCUGCACAGACCAGCCCUGGUUUCAUUUCCUCUCCCAAAGCUUUCAGAGCCACAACAGCUUCUCUCUCCCAUCCUUCCAAACCAUCUCCUCAUGGUUCACUUGUCAGCAUGCCACCGAUGACACCCCUGAAUUCAAUGUGCAUUACCAUGUAGUGCAACGUUAUCCUUUGGUGAUUCCACCUGAGAUGUCAUUAAACGGAGCUGAAACUGGGUUUUCUUUUUCAGCAGCUGUUUGUGAACUUCUUAUCACAGGGCUGACCCAUGGUAAAGUUUUGGACUGAGCCACCAUGGUAUUUUUUUUUAUUAUUAUUAUUAUUUAUAAUCUUUAUUGACCUAGAGAGUAGAGUACUUGCCGUUAGUUCCUUGUAGAUUUUGAGCAUGAAGUAGUAUUGACUCUAAGUAAUGUAAUUUUAUUAGGCAAACGUGGAAGUAGCAAGUUGAUGCCUCUUAAAUAUAAAGAAAUAUCCUGUUGCACAUUCACCAGCCUGGUGGACGCAGAAGAGAACGGAACCAGCCCCACCAGUCUGAUCCCUUGGGUGACCUGCUGGGCUUGGCACUGGAAAGAGGAGCCCUCCAGCUGGGAGAGAGUGGCUGGAUCCCGGCUCCGAGUCACCCUGGGAUCACCUGGAGCACCGUGGUGGGGCCUGCCCUGUGCCCACAGACGGGCUCAGCCUGGGACUGAACCCCUGGCAGGGCACUCCUGGGAGCCCUGACCAUCCUGCCCUGGGAACCCUAUCCUUGAGAAUCCUGUCCUUAGGAAUCCUGCCCUGGGAGCCCUGUCCUUGGGAAUCCUGUCCUUGGGAAUCCUGCCCCUGGGAGGCCUGUCCUUGGGAAUCCUGACCCUGGGAACCCUAUCCUUGAGAAUCCUGCCCUGGGAACCCUAUCCUUGAGAAUCCUGCCCUGGGAACCCUAUCCUUGGGAAUCCUGUCCUUAGGAAUCCUGCCCUGGGAGGCCUGUCCUUGGGAAUCCUGACCCUGGGAACCCUAUCCUUGGGAAUCCUGUCCUUAGGAAUCCUGCCCUGAGAGCCCUGUCCUUGGGAAUCCUGCCCUGAGAGCCUGUCCUUGGGAAUCCUGCUCUGGGAGCCUGUCCUUGGGAAUCCUGCCCCUAGGAGCCCUGUCUUUGGAGUCAGGACCCCCCAGGUGGUCAGGCUGGCUCUGAACCCCCCAACCCGAGCCCAGAGACCCCUCCAGCUCCCGGAGCAGCCGCUGUCCGUGCCCCGGGAUGAUUCCCACCCGACUCCUGAACGCUGCAUGUGUGCAUGGGGGCCCUGAGCCAGCAGCAACAGCAGUUUUGUUUUCCAGGAAAGCCUUAUUCGAGAUGUAAGGAAACAGUUAAUUUGUAGGGCCAGCAGGGAUGUAUUUGAUGUACCUGAAUGGAAAGACUUACCUCAAAAAUAUCAGGAGAAAGGCGGUUGGAUAAGGAAUAUUCUUGUUUAGCCCUACCCUGACACCCAGCACAAGCAGCCCCAGCUGCCAGCCUGACCCGUGUUUGUGUUGCUGUAGUUUGCAAUGAGACUCCAGAGAGCAGAGAUGUGCUCAGUUAUUGUGUUCUGGUUUGUUUUUUUUUUUUUUUUCAAAGCAGGAUUUUGAAACCAAAUGCAAUGAUGUGCAUAGAGCUUAACAGGAAAAAAAAAAACAACAAUUAAAACAAACAAAAAAAAGGUACCUUCUUGUAUAUUAGCAUUAGCUUAGGAAACAGGCACCAAAAUGGCAAUACUUUUUUAAGGCGAGACAGAUUUGUAAUAUAUUUGUUCACUGUGCAAAGGUAUCCUACCUUGUACAAAAUAAAUUGAAUUUCUCUCA